UCAGCCGUCUCAUCAGGAGCGAAGGCACAUCUCACAAAGCUUUUCGACGGCUACCGGGAAGACGUCACCAACUCGCCGGAUACGGUUGGACCCGAAGGAUCGAUGAAGUACUUCGAGAACCUUGGCGUUGAUGUUGAAGGAAUGGAAGUGUUGGCUGUUCUGGAAAUCAUCCAGGCUCCUACCAUGGGUGAGAUGAGCCGAGAAGGUUUCGUUGAUGGAUGGUCAUCCUUAGGCUGCGACACCAUCGACAAGCAGAAAUCCUACAUCAAGACCCUCAAGCAGAACCUACCAUCCAACAAAGACGCCUUCACAAAAGUCUACAAGUACACUUUCAUGCUCGGCAAGACCGGAAACCAGAAGGCGGUCCCUCUCGACGUCGCCGUGACAUACUGGGAGCUGCUCUUCACGUCGAAACUGUCCGCCGUCAAGUGGACCAGCCCGAAAUCGCCGUGGUUCCAGUGGUGGGCGGAGUUCCUGAACUCGCAGUGGAAGAAGAGCGUCAACAAAGACAUGUGGAACGAGACUCUGAAGUUCGCGCAGCUGACGCUGCAAGACGAGGCUAUGAGCUUCUGGAAUGAGGAGUCGUCAUGGCCGUCCGUUAUCGACGACUUCGUGGAGUGGGUCAAGAGGGAGAAGCGGGGUGGCGAGACUGCAGACGUAAUGGAGGAGUGA